ACCUCCCGUUGCUGUGCUCCACUCCUGGCCAAACUUCCUCUGCAGGCACUCUGGGGGGGACAGAGCCCCCAGAUCUGCCCUGCUGGGCUGAGAGAUGCCCUAGGGAAGGCCAGCAGCCCCCCAGAGCUCUGCCUUAAGGUUGUUUUUUUGUCCCCUACUUUUCUCCCCCUCCUGUCCCCCAAGCCCUCAGGUUGCAUUGCAGGACGCUGGCACCCCCAAGGGCUUAAGGUCUGGAUACCCUACACCCAGCAGUAACCCACAGCUAUGGGGGUUAAGACGAUGCUGCCCAGCCAUGAGCUGGGCUUCUAUGCUCUCGUUGUGACCUGUGCCGUGCUGUACAGUGGCAGCGGUAUCUUUGAGGCAUCCAGAGACAGCAUGAACAGAAAAGCCUUUCGGGAUGGCAUCAAGCCAGGCUGGCACUACUUUGGCAGGAAAAUGGACGUAGCCGACUUCGAGUGGAUGAUGUGGUUCACCUCCUUCAGGAACGUCAUCAUCUUCACCCUGUCAGGACACGUCCUCUUUGCCAAGGUGUGCUCCAUGACAGUGCCACAGCACCGGGCCGUGGUAUACAUGCUGUAUGGGAUGCUGGCUGUGCUGGGCAGCAUGGGGCUCGCCUACCUGAUGAUCAUCCUUUCCCACUGCCUCAUCCUCUACUCCGUGGCGCUGGCCAAGCAGAAGUGGCUCUGCUAUGUGGCUGGGCUCUGCUGCCUCGCCUCCAUCAAGCUGGAGCCCUUCAGCUCCUGGCAGAGCGGGUUUGUAACAGGAGCUUUUGAUCUUCAAGAUGUCCUUUUCUAUGGAGGAAGUGGCUUCACCAUCAUGCGCUGCAUGAGCUUUGCACUCGAGAGCUCCGAGAGGAAGGAGGGCAUUUUCUCCAUCUUCGACCUCCUCAAGUACAACUUCUACCUUCCCUUCUUCUUCUUCGGGCCUGUCAUGACGUUUGACCAGUUUCACAGCCAGGUGAGCACCCGAGAUCUGCAUCGCAAGGAUGAUGAGAUGAGGAACAUUCGGGUCCAUGCCCUCCUCCAUGUGGGGGCCAUCAUUGCUGUGGACAUCUUCUUCCACUUCUUCUACAUCCUCACCCUCCCCUCCGACCUGAAGUUCGUGAACCGCCUCUCAGACUGGGCCUUGGCCGGCUUGGCCUACUCCAAUCUGGUGUACGACUGGGUCAAAGCUGCUGUCAUGUUUGGGGUCAUCAACACCAUUGCCAGACUGGACCACUUGGACCCACCCCAGCCCCCAAAAUGCAUCACCAUGCUCUACGUCUUUGCAGAAACGCAUUUUGACAGAGGGAUCAACGACUGGCUGUGCAAGUAUGUGUAUGACCACAUUGGAGAGAACCACAACAACGUCAUAAAGGAGCUCAUGGCCACCAUUGCCACGUUUGCUGUCACCACUCUGUGGUUGGGACCCUGUGAGAUUGUUUUCAUCUGGUCUGUCUUCAAUUGCUUUGGCCUCAACUUUGAGCUCUGGGUGCAGAAAUUCUUCCAGUGGGAGCCCCUCUCCAAACUGGAGGCCAAAAUGUCAGCGGCCACAUCUCGGCGGAUUAGGGCUGUUUUUGGGGCAGCAAAUUUCUGGGCCAUCGUCCUCUACAACAUCCUUGCCCUCAACAGUCUGGAGUUUGCACUGCUGGUUACCAAGAGACUCCUCGUGACAGGUUUCCCUGUCAGCACCUUGUCCAUCUGGUUCAUCACAUACUGUGGAGUGCAGCUGAUCAAAGAGCGUGAACGCAUCCUGGCCAUGGAAGAGGAGAAGAGUGACAAACCCAAGGCAGAGUAGAGGAAGAUAGCAGUGCGCUUGCCCCAGAGCCUGGACUCCCUUCUGACUGUCUCUGCCAGGCCAGCCGCUGUCGGGGGCUCUCCAAGCACUCCUGGCAAUCAGACUGCUGUAACUCACCUAUAGAGAAGUCAUCUGGAAGGCAGAUGCCACCCCUUUGCUGCAGGGAUCUCCUGUGGCACAGCAGGCAUUUUGCACGCUCCCCACACGUGGCGGACCACUGAGAUAGGCUCCUGAGACACAUCUUUAAGGCUCCAUCCUUUUUCUGACCCUUUGGCACCGUGCAGGCUUAGAGAUUUCACCCUCUGCUCCCCAAAACACCCGAUCCUCCAGCAUCUGGCUCUCCCACAGGACCUGCAGCCCAGGUCUCCCAUCUCCAGGUCGCUUCCAGCCAAAGCAUCACAUUUUUCUUUUGCUACAAGAAAUGGUCAUCAUAUACCGUAAAUGGUUCAACAUCUGGGGCUGUGCAUUAGGGACUGUGAAAUGGCUCAGCACAAUGGAUGCCUACCAAGAGGCUAAUAAAUAAAUAGAACAGUC